CUCUCUGUCUGUCUGCGCGAUCAAAGGAUGAUUUUUUAGGCUGGACUAGGGUUUCAAACGUUCGUAGCAGCUCAAAGGACGCAGCGUUUCGGGAUCUUUACUACAUCUCCCCUCCUUCAUCUCGCCAUAUACAGUUGUCCGAUUCUCAGACUCAAAGGACGCUGCGUUUCUGUACGUAGAUCUGCCAAGCCACUCUUUGAUGAUGGGAACAUCUCCUGGGUCUCAUUUUCAGCAACAGCAGCAAGGGUCGCCAAAGAUGCUACCUCCACGACAGCAGCCACCUCGUCCUGGUGGGCUGCAGACAUCCCUAUCCCUAGUUUCACCAGAUGCCUCUGGUUCCCCCAACCUUCAAGAGCGUGGCUCAAAUUCAGACCAGGUGCGAGAAUCUCCAUCUGAAAGUGCCAGCUCAAGGGAAACUUGGCCAGCUGCUGAUGCUUUAAUAAUGGCAAAACAGUCGGAGAAAGAGAAGGAAGGAGAAAAUGGAUUUGCUGAACAUUCUGUAGUUCGUCACAUUUCUAGUUCAGAUCGAAUUUCUAUCAGAGAUGUUGCCCGGGAAAGAGUGGAUGUUAUAUGUGAAAGAAUGCAACAUCUUCCUGAUGAGUUUCUUGAGAAGCUUAAGGGAGAGCUUCGCGGUAUGCUUGAGGGUACAGGUGGUUCUAUCCACAAAGAGGAGUUCUCUUUCCUGCAGAAGUUAGUUCAGAGCAGGAUGGAUUUGACAGACAAAACAUUGGUGAAGGCACACAGGGCACAACUGGAAAUCCUGGUUUCCAUAAAGUCAGGCAUUCAGGCAUUUCUGCACCCCAGUGUUAGUCUCUCUCAGGCUUCUCUUAUUGAGGUAUUUCUGUACAAAAGGUGUAGAAACAUUGCAUGCGGAAGCCCACUGCCGGCAGAGGACUGUAGUUGUGAAGCCUGCAGUACGAAAAACGGAUUCUGCAAUCUGUGCAUGUGCGUGGUGUGUAACAAGUUUGAUUUUGAGGUGAACACUUGUCGAUGGAUAGGUUGUGAUUUAUGCUCUCAUUGGACUCACACGGACUGCGCCAUUCGUACUGGACUGAUUGGGAUGGGAGCUAGUAGUGGUAAGAUUGGUUCUGUGGUUCCUUGUGAUAUGCUUUUCAAGUGUCGGGCUUGCAGUAGGACAUCUGAGUUGCUAGGUUGGGUGAAAGAUGUAUUUACUCAUUGUGCACCAACCUGGGAUCGUGAAGCUAUGAUAAGAGAGCUAGAGUAUGUUAGUAAGAUCUUCCAUUGGAGUGAGGAUUCAAGAGGGAGAAAGUUAUUCUGGAAGUGCGAGGAACUGAUGGAAAAAUUGAAAGGCGGGGUGGCAGAGCAAACGGUUUGGAAAGUGAUAUCACAAUUCUUUCAAGAGGUUGAAGAUGAGCCGUCCUCAAAGAAGAAGAAGAAGAAUCCUGACAAGGAAGAGGAGGAGGUGGAGGAGGAAGAAGAAGGUGGUGGAGGAGGAGGAAGAUUGAUAGCCCCACAAGAAGCUUUUAAUAGGAUUGCUGACGUGGUACAAGAAGCAAUAAAAAAGAUGGAAAUGGUGGCGAAUGAGAAGAUGAGAAUGGUUAAGAAAGCAAGGAUAGCUGUGGAUGGCUGUGAGGAGGAGCUGAAGGAGAAGGCAAGAGAGGUUGCAACAUUGAAAAUGGAGAGACAGAAAAAGAAGCAACAGAUAGAAGAGUUGGAGAGUAUAGUGAGGCUGAAACAAGCUGAGGCAGAUAUGUUUGAUGUGAAAGCGAGCGAGGCUAGGCGGGAAGCAGAGAGACUCCAAAGAAUUGUGGUUGCAAAGGCAACUACAGAGAAAGCGUCAUCGGAAGAGGAUUAUGCGAGCAGAUACCUUAAGCUUCGAUUGAGCGAGGCUGAAGCGGAGAAGCAGUAUUUAUUUGAGAAGAUAAAGCUACAACAACAGGAGAGCGCAAGGACGAUGGCCGUAGGAGGAAAUGAACAGCAGCAGCAGCAACACAAUCAUCAUCAUCCUUCUUCUUCUUCCACUACAUCAUCUUCACAGCAGCAGCAGCAGCAGAUGCUAAUGUUCUGCAAGAUGCAAGAUAUGCUCAAGAACAUCUACAGUGUUCCCUCCUCCAAGGGGCAGGGAAGCGACAAGCAGCAAAAUGACUUCAUUCCAUGAGUGAGUCUUUCAGUCAAGUCAGAGUCGUCAUCUUAGCCUUAUAUUAUAUAAUAUCUUUUUAAUUGGCCCCCCUCCCCUCCCCUCCCCUCCCUUCCCCUCCAAGACUACAGACUAUUACUCUAGUGUUCAUCAACUAUUUUGACUGUGUAUUUGGUUUGAAAAAAUGGUGCAACUUAUAUUAAAAACUGCUGCUGCUGCUAUGUUAUGUAAAUACGUUGGUAGUAAUGCCUGUUCUUAUGGUGUGGUUGAAUUUCUCUCUUCUCCAGUCCCAGUAAGAGGAAUGAAUAGCUGAUUGU